AUGCAAGCAUUUGUUCCCAGGUUGUAUCUGACUCCGGUCAGGGAUGAAGAAGCAGAGUCUCAGAGGAAAGCCAAGUCUCGCCACGCCAGACAAACUCGCAGCCAUUUCCUGAAUAUCCUGCAGGGUGUGACUUUGACAGACCUGAAAGAAGCUCAGAAGACUAACAGUCUGACUCUUCAAGAGAGAGAGGAGGAGGAGGAGGAGGAGGGAGGCUCUCUGGAUGACAGGUCCUGUCUGAGGAAAGGCUUGACGGAUGACAGGAGAGUUCAGACCAGCCACGCAGAGGAAGCGACCCAGAUCAGUCUGAAAUGGAGGAAAUUGGACGAGGAAGGGAACGUUGAUCCAAAGUUAGAAAUCCUUGCAGAGUCUCCUAACCUGUCAUAUUUGGCUGCUGCUGCAUCAUCCUGUGGUGUGUCUUACAGCAACAGCUCCUUCAGUGUUGGUGAGAGGUGGUGGAAAGAUGAGAAUCAGAACCUGGUUGAAGAUGCAGCACAGCUAACAUUUGCCACAAAGCACCAACUAAGACGCCAAAUCUGUGAAGGUACAGACUGCACUGCAGAGGUACGUGGAAGUCUUUAUGCACCUUUAUUUUCAAUCACACAGCUGCAGAGAGACUUCUCAAUAUAUUUUGUACCACUAGAUGGAGCCAAAGGAUUGUGCAACUAUUAUUUUUUUAUGACUCGUUUUCUCAGAAGAACUCUCACCGCAAAUGACCGCUUAAUACUCAAGGAUCCCAUGGGAAUGCCUCGUGUGCGGCCGUGAUUUAUUUAAGCUUUGUCAGGUGUUAAAUUCCUUUGCAGGUGAAAAUCUCAUGCCUCAGUAUUGCCCUGCGUUAGUCGACAUACAUGAGGUGCAAUGUUUCAUGUUCGCGUUCUGAUUCUGCCUCCUCUGAAAGCUGGGAAAGCUUCAAAGGCAGCUCCGCUCUGAUCUCUGACGCAACAUUUUAACAUGUGCUGCAAUCACCAUGAAGCUUGUGUUCUGAGAAUCUUUUAACUAGAAGAGCUGGUUAAUAUCUCAUGGAAAGGCAGUCGGGGAAGAGGAAAACCCCCCCACCGCUAUGACCACCCCUUGCUCCCUCUCUAAGUCCCUUUGCUUCUUCACAUCACAUGGCUGAGGUGUCUCAGCAUUCCAUACCAUAUUGGGCAAAACUGAGACGCUCUAUGCCUCUACUCAGCCUUUGAUUCAGAGGGAUUGACUUUCUCUUCUCUCUGUCUCGCGUUCUUAAAUGAUACCACUCUCCCCACACCUGUGUGCGCGAUACAACCCGACCAUGAACCUCACCGCUAAUUCCUUGCAAUCUGCCAUCUUGUGUCGCAGGGGAGAUAAUCUACUGUCGGUUUUUGAGACAGGAGAUUAAAACAGAUAGCAAAACGAAAGGAAAAGAGAAAUUACAAGCUUUUAAAAGAUUGUGCGAACAAGAUUAUAGCUGAUCAUAGACGUCCUAUAUGUCAUAUAGUGUGAGUGGAAGGUGAAUUCUCCGUGAGCUGACUCCCGGUCUGCGGUCCAGCUGUCCCCCGUCCUGGA